ACUGGAGGAGGGCGGCCGUUAUUUUUCGGUCAGCCUAAAAAUAGACACCCCGAACCCGGGCGCGUGGAGCACGCUCGUUCUCUCGGCAAGCGGGCACCGGCAACAGUGCCGCAGCGGAGUGCGAGGAUAUACCAGGAAGCUAGGCGGACAUCGCGGGCGAACCAGGGCCGCGAACCGCAAGUCGCAGCCAUGGUGCCGCCUCUUCAUCGACUGUUAUGCCGGUUACGGACUCUUCUAGUCGCCGUCCUUCUACUCGCCACGUGCUCCGCAAACCAGGAGGAAGACGUGCAGUACCAGGGCCCCAGCAUCGUGCGCGAGGGCUCGCCGCUGACCCUCCACUGCCGACUGCCGUUGCACCGGUUCGCCAGCUGGCGCAGAGGGGGACCGGGCUCGACGCCCAUCGUACCGGACCCCUGGAACCGGUACCGGUUGAGUCGGGGCCCCCGGGAGCCGGACCGGACCAGUUCCACGCUGACCGUACUCGAAGCCCAGCUGAACCACAGCGGAGACUACUUCUGCAGCAGUUUCAGUCCCAUCUUCCACAGCGUCACCGUAUUGCCCAGAGGUUCAGACAGCGACGCCCGAGCCGAUGAGGGCAAGUGUCUGCGGCUCCAAGAGGGCGGUCGCCUGGAGCUGGACUGCGGGGCCCUGGCCACCGGUCCGAUCCGGUUCCCGAUGGCCUGGAUGAAGGACACCCGCCGCUUCCUGCCUCCGUCCGGCGGCAACGUGCGCCUGGAGAUGACGCGCCUGGUCAUCGAGACGGCGCGUCGGGAAGACGCCGGCGUCUACAUGUGCUCCAACAUGAUGGCCGCCGGCUACGGGCAGCCCAUCGCUGGACGCGUGCUGCACGUCUACACGCCCAUUGACCUGCGGCCGCUGAGCCCCAGGGCCGUGGUCCGGCAGGGCAGCACGCUGCGGCUGCGCUGCGACGCCUCGGCGGUGCCCCGGCCCCGCAUCUCCUGGUGGAAGAACGGCGAGCCCCUGGAAGGGGGCGGCAGGGUGCGCCUGCUGCACGGUCCCCCGCCGGAGAGCCUGCCCCUGGCGCAGCUGGAGCUGAGCGACAUGGGCGACGACGACGAGGCCGUCUACUCGUGCAGGGCGUCACACCGGGAGUGCGGACAGCACGCGCAGACCAGCACCACCGUCUUCGUCAGGAUGAAUGCAGUCCAGACCAACGAGGAGAUUCCGGGCAAGGGUAUCCUCUUGGACCCCCGAUCCAAGUCGCUGGUGCUCCAGUGCAACUCCACCGAAAACCCUGGCCUGGACAUUAUCUGGUUCAAAGACGGCAAGAAGCUGUCAGCCGACGAACCCAGGUACAGCCAGAACAGCGACACCAACACGCUCGUCAUCAACGACCCGACUUAUGCGGACACCGGAAAUUACACCUGUGCCGUGGUGGACGGAGGCGACAAUGCCACCAUCGUGGUCCAGACCAACGUGACCAUCGAAGUGUCCGAGAUCUCGAAGAACCAAGUGGAAGGCGAUCCCCUGACCCUCUCCUGCAAGGCCUUCGGGGUUCCUGUGCCAGAAGUCACCUGGUUCAAGAAUGACGAGCCUCUCAACAUCUCCGACCCCCGCAUCUCCCUGGAGCCCCUGGACAACGUCACCAACGCCAAGCUGGUGAUCCAGAACCUUAACUUCGACGACCGCGCAGAGUACACCUGCUUCGCCACCAACGGCAUCAGCAACGCCACCAUGAUGGUCCUGGUCCGGGUCAAGGACAAGCUUGCUGCCCUGUGGCCCUUCCUCGGGAUCUGCGUCGAAGUGGCGGUGCUCUGCGCCAUCAUCUUCAUCUACGAGAAGAAGCGCGUCAAGCCCGACUUCGAGGAGUCGGACACGGACCAGAACCCAGAGAACAAAAACUUGUCAGACCAGAAGGAAGGCCAGGACAUCAGGCAGCGGAAGUGAUCCCGAGGACUCAAGACGACGACGGCGCCGACGACAACAAUCGAUUGCCGGCCGGCUUUUCCUCUUGUCUGUCAACGGCGACGCCACUGCAUCCCCUUCCACCUCUCCCCCUCCUACGCCCUUUCACCUUUCCCCCCUCCUACGCCAUUUCUGUUUCUGCGGCGGAACGAGUUUUACGGAUGAGCGGGACCAAGUCCCGCAAAAGCGUGCACUACCGUUCUGCCCCCCCCACCUCCCCCGCCACACUUUUAGGGCUAGUCCACACACUUUCGACUGCCUACGACCGGAGAGGCUCGAGACCGGUUUUUAACCUGUCCGGUUGCGCUUAGUUGCAAGCUGUGCAGGUCGGGGGCAGUCGCAUGAGGCGGUGUCUGGCUGAAGGCUUGUGAGCUGACCUUUAGCCGGACAUCACUUUGUCGCUCCCUCCGGCGACGAACAUCAAAAUAUAGAUCGAACUUGGGGAAUUUCUGGGUUUUCUUCAUUCUUUGUUUUCGCCCCGGAGGUUUUUAGGCCUGCCAGAUACUUAAUAUUUCUUUCUUUUUUUCUUUGUUAUUGUUGACUUUAAGUUGGCAUGGUCCGCAUUGUUAAUAAGUGUAUCCAAGAAUUGUUUCGGUGUGUGGAUGUGGCGCGGUUCCUUUUGAACUUGCGUGCCUGCAAAAAAAAGGGCUGCCCUUAGGUACUAGACACGUAGGCGAGCAUUUCUCCACUGUACAUACAGUCGCCGAGACAGGCUUCUUUUUUUUCCCCCCUUUGUUUGUUUAGUGUAUUAUAGCUCUAUGGAAGAAGUGCAAUUAUCUUUGUUAUCUGUAUAAGAGCACAUUUGGAUAAUAAAACCGUUCAACCAAA